GGGGUUUGUUGACAGCGGAGGCGGCGGCGGCUGCCCGCUCCUGAUCGUAGAAGCCGGAUCGGGGGAGGGGCCGGGCCCGGGACCCAGCACCUGGCAGCCCUCGGCGCAGCCGGCAGCCCACCGGGCAAGGUAACAGCCGCGGGGUCCCCGUCGUGACGCCCUCCCCCGGGCGCCAGCCCUCGGCAGCCCAGGCUCCGCCCCGCCGACCCCAGUCUCGGGGACCCCGGCCCUGGAGGCGCCGUGGCUGCAGCUGCUCCCGGGCCCCGUCCUGCGCUCCUCCUUGCCGGCGAAGCAUCCUCCCCGCUCCCCAGCGCGGAGGGCGGCCCCAUCCCAAGGUGCUGUUCCCUCCUCCCACCACCAGCUCUCCAGGACUAAGCUUCGGGGUCUCCCUGAAGUGCCGCCCCCACUCAAGAUACGGUCUCACUAUGUAGUUGGGGCUGAUCUUGAACUCAUGGAGAGAUCUUCCAACGUCAUGCAUCUGUGUGCAUCUUAGGCGUGGCUCCUCCAAUGAUUCUGUGAGAGCUGAGGCAUCACCACCGCCCGGGGUGGGGUCCUGUCCUGGAGUGGCCGCCUGCCGCCCCCAGCAUGGCAUCGGACACCCCUGAGUCCCUAAUGACGCUCUGCACUGACUUCUGCCUGCGCAAUCUGGAUGGUACCCUGGGGUAUCUGCUGGACAAGGAGAGCCUGCGGCUACAUCCAGACAUCUUCCUUCCCAGCGAGAUCUGUGACCGGCUGGUCAAUGAGUACGUGGAGCUGGUCAAUGCCGCCUGCACCUUCGAGCCCCACGAGAGCUUCUUCAGCCUCUUCUCAGAUCCACGCAGUACGCGCCUCACCCGCAUCCACUUGCGUGAGGACCUAGUGCAGGACCAGGACCUGGAGGCCAUCCACAAGCAGGACCUGGUGGAGCUGUACCUGACCAACUGUGAGAAGCUGUCCGCCAAGAGCCUCCAGACACUUCGCAGUUUCAGCCACACCCUGGUGUCCCUGAGCCUCUUCGGCUGUGCCAACAUCUUCUACGAGGAAGAAAACCCGGGGGGCUGUGAGGACGAGUGCCUGGUGAACCCCACUUGCCAGGUGCUGGUAAAGGACUUCACUUUUGAAGGCUUCAGCCGCCUGCGCUUCCUCAACCUGGGCCGCAUGAUUGAUGGGGUCCCCGUGGAGUCACUACUGCGGCCCCUCAGCUCUCUAGCCGCCCUGGACCUCUCAGGCAUCCAGACAAGCGAUGCCGCCUUCCUGACACAGUGGAAGGACAGCCUGGUGUCCCUUGUGCUCUACAACAUGGACCUGUCGGAUGACCACAUCCGGGUCAUUGUCCAGCUGCACAAGCUGCGGCACCUGGACAUUUCCCGCGACCGCCUCUCCAGCUACUACAAGUUCAAGCUCACUCGCAAGGUGUUGAGCCUCUUCGUACAGAAGCUGGGGAACCUCAUGUCCCUGGAUAUCUCUGGCCACAUGAUCCUGGAGAACUGCAGCAUCUCCAAGAUGGAUGAGGAGGCCGGCCAGACCAGCAUCGAGCCCUCAAAGAGCAGCAUCACGCCGUUCCGGGCGCUGAAGCGGCCCCUGCAGUUCCUCGGGCUUUUUGAGACCUCACUGUGCCGCCUCAAGCACAUUCCAGCCUACAAAGUGAGUGGUGACAAAAACGAAGAGCAGGUGCUGAACGCCAUCGAGGCCUACACAGAGCACCGACCUGAGAUCACGUCGCGGGCCAUCAACCUGCUCUUUGAUAUUGCACGCAUUGAGCGCUGUAACCAGUUCCUGCGGGCCCUGAAGCUGGUCAUCACAGCUCUCAAGUGCCACAAGUAUGACAAGAACAUCCAAGUGACAGGGAGCGCCGCCCUCUUCUACCUGACCAACUCCGAGUACAGAUCUGAGCAGAGCGUCAGGCUGCGCCGCCAGAUCAUCCAGGUGGUGCUGAACGGCAUGGAGUCCUACCAGGAGGUGACGGUGCAGCGGAACUGCUGCCUGACCCUGUGCAACUUCAGCAUCCCCGAGGAGCUGGAGUUCCAGUACCGCCGCGUCAACGAGCUGCUGCUCAGCAUCCUCAACCCCACGCGGCAGGAUGAGUCAAUCCAGCGCAUCGCUGUGCACCUGUGCAACGCCCUGGUCUGCCAGGUGGACAAUGACCACAAGGAGGCCGUGGGCAAGAUGGGCUUCGUUGUGACCAUGCUGAAGCUGAUUCAGAAGAAGCUGCUGGACAAGAUAUGUGACCAGGUCAUGGAGUUCUCCUGGAGCGCGCUGUGGAACAUUACAGACGAGACGCCCGACAACUGCGAGAUGUUCCUCAGCUACAACGGCAUGAAACUCUUCCUGGACUGCCUGAAGGAAUUCCCAGAGAAGCAGGAACUACACCGGAACAUGCUGGGGCUGCUGGGGAACGUGGCAGAGGUGAAGGAGCUGCGGCCUCAGCUGAUGACGUCCCAGUUCAUCGGUGUCUUCAGCAAUCUGCUGGAGAGCAAGGCCGAUGGCAUCGAGGUGUCCUACAACGCCUGUGGCGUCCUGUCCCACAUCAUGUUCGAUGGCCCAGAGGCCUGGGGCGUGUGUGAGCCACAAAGGGCGGAGGUGGAGGAGCGCAUGUGGGCGGCCAUCCAGAGCUGGGACAUCAACUCCCGCAGGAACAUCAACUACAGGUCCUUUGAGCCCAUCCUCCGCCUGCUCCCCCAGGGCAUCUCCCCCGUCAGCCAGCACUGGGCGACCUGGGCCCUGUACAACCUCGUGUCUGUCUACCCCGACAAGUACUGCCCGCUGCUGAUCAAGGAGGGUGGGAUGCCCUUGCUGAGGGACAUGAUCAAGAUGGCGACAGCGCGGCAAGAGACCAAGGAGAUGGCCCGCAAGGUGAUCGAGCACUGCAGCAACUUUAAAGAGGAAAACAUGGACACGUCCAGAUAGAGGCCUGCGCCACACUGCUGGACCGAGGCUGGGACUCAGCCCCAAGGCCCAGCUGCAGGCCCUCCGGAGCGCCCGAGGGGCGAGGAGACAGAAGGGACUUUUGCACAACCGACGCUUUUCCUUAACAUUAGUGAGAUAUAUAUAUUAUAUAUAUAUAUAUUAUUUUUUUUGGUUAGGUAGUGUGGAGUUUUGUGUGUAUGAUUUCUGUAUAAAAACAAAGGAGACUCCCCAAGCCCUUGCAGCUCCUCAGCUACCCCAGCCCAGCUCCAGACAUUGCAGCCCAUCCUCCCGCCCAGCGCCUCUAUGCCUCUGACGUGUCUGGUCCUCUCCCAGGGGACCCCCAGCCUGGCUCUGGCACCCUAAGCCGCCUGUGAAUGUCUGAGAUCCCCACCGGGGGCCCAGGCACGGCUGAUGGGGUUUGGGGACUACACUGACCCCACGGGUCUCCCUGAAGCCGUGGUGCUCCCGGCUGCGGGCCGCCGGGGCAGGGUGUGAGCCCACCCCAGGGCCCUGGCCGGGCCUGCCUGGGCCACGCUGCUAUGGAGGCUGCCUCUGAGCCUCCCACCGGCCCCAGGCUGCGGAUGGCCCCAGCCCGGGACAGCCAGGCUUCAGGUAGUGCCACUGCCCCUCUGCAAACCCACGCGGCGCCUGCCGAGCUCCAAGUCAGCACCUCCUGGGGCUCGGGGCUCACUCGCUUUGUGCCCUCUUCUGCCCACAAGCCCCAAGGUGUCGGGCAGCCCACCAGCAGAACUGAGCCCGAGCCUGCCUUGCUCACCCCACCACCAGGCUGACCCGAGAGGCAACUGUGUCCCCAGGCUGGAGCUCGGAGUUGCUCCUCGUGGACACCUGGAUUGCAGAGUCCUCGUGGCACGGGCCAGGGGAGCAGAGCUGCCCUGGAGGUGGCCCCCGUGGCUCUGGCCUCCCUGCGUCCCUCAGUUGCGCCUCACCCACCAGGUGGCCCCUCCUGCAGCCACUCCCUGGCAGGCGGGGUUACAGCUUCCCCCACCCCCCGUACCACCCUCCAUCACAGGCCCUGCCAGGCAGAGGCCUGGCACACUGCUUUUCCACCCAGAGCUGGGGACACAUCUGCGUGUGGGGAUGUCACAGAAAUACAUUUUUGUCAAAGUGCA